AUGGCGGAAUCGGUAUCAUCGCCGCCCAAGCCCGUCCACACAAUCGUGCUGGACGCCGGUCCCAUCAUUAAGAAUACCCCGCCGCUUUCGACUUUGCUCGCCCAAUGUGAAGAGAUCAUUACCACACCGGCCGUGGUGAGCGAGAUUCGUGACCCCGAUGCCCGCGCCCGUGUCGAAGCCCUCUAUCUCCCGUUCCUGAAGCAGCGGUCGCCCUCUCCCAACAGCUUCAAUGUCAUCAGCGAAUUCGCCCGCAAGACCGGUGACCGGUCGGUCCUUAGUCGCAACGAUAUUGAGGUGCUCGCGCUUGCGUAUGAGAUCGAAUGUGAGCGUAAUGGAGGCGAUUGGCGUUUGCGCAGUGUUCCUGGACAGAAGCGCGUGAAUGGAAAGCCCCCAGUGAAGGUGGAGGAGCCUAAGGAGGAGGAGUCGAACGGAGUGGACGCCGCUACCGAUGAUGUCAAGGCGACUGCCACAGACAGCACCGAGGAGCCUAAGAAGGAGGAGUCUGCCUCGUCGCAAGAGACCAAGAGUGUGAUUGAGAGUGCCACCGACGAACCCGCCUUGAAUGAUACCCCCGAAGAAGCGAAGGAUGAGGACGAGGACGAGGACGAGGAUGAUGCUGCUGAUUCUGACGGCGGAGAAUGGAUCACUCCCUCCAACUACAAGAAGCGGCUGGCCCGCGAUGAGGCGGGCGGUGCUGCCGGCACUACCACCGAGCCCAAGAUCAUGCAGGUCGCAACCAUGACCACAGAUUUUGCGUGUCAAAACGUGCUGUUGCAGAUGAACCUGAACCUGCUGUCGACAACAACUCUCCAACGGAUCCAGCACCUCAGGACCUUCAUCCUGCGCUGCCAUGCCUGUUUCCUGACCACCAAAGAAAUGAGCAAGCAGUUCUGCCCUCGUUGUGGCAAGGACACACUCACUCGUGUUUCAUGCACCACCACUGCCAAUGGCCAAUUCAACAUGCACCUGAAGAAGAACAUGCAGUGGAACAACCGGGGUAAUGUCUUCAGUGUCCCCAAGCCCAUCCACGGAACUUCCAACGGCAAAUGGAAGGGUGGUGGUGGCAAGGGAGGUUGGGGUACCGAGCUUAUCCUAGCCGAGGACCAGAAGGAGUACGUUCGAUCCACGGCCGAAGAGGAGCGCCGGCAGCGCCGGGAGCGCGACCUCAUGGAUGAGGACUACCUUCCCGGCAUCCUAACUGGCGAGCGCAACAAGCAUGGCGGCCGUCCCAAGGUGGGUGCUGGCCGCAACGUCAACUCGCGGAAGCGCUGA